AUGUUCUGUAUUCUUCUGUCACUUCUUUUUCUUGUCGCACUCCCAAAUGAUGUCACUUCAUGUGAUAUUACUGCAACGCUUACUUCACAAUCCUAUUAUCCAGUCUAUGCAAUGUUCACUUUUCACGACGGAAGGACGAGUGUUCUCUAUCUCCCCUCUUACGGUAGCUCUCAGUCAACUCGUAUCACUGGAUCCUUUUGUAGCUCAAGACCUACUAGACUUGAUGCCUACCGAUCUUAUCCUGGAUACGGUGCAUACCCAUAUGCUUCUAGUCAGGCUUUCUUGGAAGGAGUCGGAUUUGUGAACUAUUCGGUUCUGAGUGAUGGAGUGUUCAUGGGGGCAAAAGCAGGAGUAAUGUGUGCCGCAGGAGAUUGUGGGAGAGGAUGA